UGAAUGGGGCGGGACGCUAUGGUCGCAAUGGUUUCUUCAAAAUGCGUAAGUAUGCUUUACUUCCGUGCUCCUCCUCUCAUGAUGUUUCAUUUCGUCUCGUCAGUCCGGAAGAGAGUAUCAGACUUGUCCGUGUUGAGCCCCAGGGAGAUUCUCAACAAACAGAUCGAAGUCUGGACUUCGGCAGCAGGUAGCUCGGGAAGAAUAGCAAGGAUCGGGAUGUGCGCCAUGGGCAUUGCUUUGAGCAGGUUCCUCACUGUUGAAACGGGAGUUUCCGACGAGCUCGUCCACCUCCAAAGAUCCAAAAAACUUGACAUCUUGCUGGUUCUUACGAGCUACUAUGACAAAUCCGACAAGUUUAAGCGCGAGCUUCUCAUAGCCACUGAGGGCGAAGGACUGCUCCAAACACUAGUCGAAUCUUACAACACCGCAGCACUGCAGCUCCACCCGAUGGAUAUCAUAGGCAGGAAGAAAAAAAUCUUUAUUUUUUUGCUCUAA